AUGGACACGUCGUCAACCCUCGCGACGAGCGCCACCCCGACAAUUCCCGCCGAACAGCUUGCCGCACUUACAUCGCUGCUGUCGGGACUCACCGCUGCCGCUUCCGGCACUACCGCACCCGCCACGACAUCCGGCUCCAAUCGCAAUGCCUUCCCGAAGCAUGCGCGGUUGGACGGGCCGAAGACGUUCGCGAACUGGACACGCCAGCUUCGCCUGUGCCUAGCGGACGACAUCCGCUCCUACGUCCUCGACGGAAUCACCCCCGACGAUUGGACGCCUUCGCAACGCUCCGCCCGCGACGUCGUGGCACGCGAGAUCCUUGCAAACUCAAUCGACUCGGCCGAAGUCUCGGCAGUCCUCGACAAGAUCCCUACGGCCGACCUCACAGCGCCCAAGAUUUACUCGACGCUGAAAUCGCGAUACGCCCCUGAUGACGCCACUCGCACGCUCGAGCUCUUCUCGCGACUCUGGGGCUUCCGACCCAUGCCCGGAACGGUUGGCGAAUUUGACAGUUGGAUCAUGGACUUCAAGUCGGUCGCGCAAGAGAUCAUCGAUACGAAAACGACGAUCAACGACGUCCUUGCCACACUCCUCCUCGCGAUCGCCCACCCGUCACUCGAGAGCUUCAAGGCAACGUUCACCGACGAACAACGCACGCAACGAACUCUCCCUGACAUCGAUUCAGUGGCCGACCGUAUGCGAGUUCAACUCCGGUCAACGAACCUCUCCAACGAUCAAUCGGCCCUCCUUGCCUCGUCGUCGCCACGUUCUACCCGUACCAAGUGCCUCGCCUGUCGCAGCUCUUCUCACCGCGUCGCACAAUGCCCUACAAGGGCCCAGCAUCCACCGCCAGGCCCGUGUCGCUCCUGCAAGAAGAAGGACCACUGGUCUUUCGACUGCAAAAAGGCUCUUGAGGACGGGAAAACGCCCGACACCUCUGAUGCGCAACACCAUGUCGGAUGUCUCGCCACCGGUCUUCUCGCACAUCGUCGUCAGCUUCGCAACAACUCCUUCGUCGUCGACUCGGGUGCCACUUCGCACAUGGUCUCGGACAAGUCGCUGUUCACGGCCUAUCGCCACAUCGCUCCUACGAAGAUUGGUGGUAUUGCAGGGGGCAUCAACGCCGUCGGAACGGGAAACAUCGCCUUUGUUGCCGCCUCCGGUCACCCGAUCACGCUUACCGGCGUGCUGCACACCCCGGGCCUGUCUGUCAACCUCCUCUCGGUCUCUCGACUUUGCGACACCGACGAUGUCCGUGUCGCCUUCACGAAGCACGGCAUCCAUAUCGACAAGAACGGCAAUGCUAUCGCUGAAGGCGCAAGACUCGAGGAAGGGCUCUACUUGCUGGACGCUGAUCAUUCCAAAUGUCAGCAUCUCGCUCUCCUCUCUCGCUCACAGUCUUCCGUGCCCCUGCUGACCCUUCACCGCUGCCUCGGCCAUCUCGCACCGUCGUCCAUACAGAAGAUGGUUGCCGCUGGUUUGCUGGAAGGUCUCGGGGCCGGAUAUAGUGACGAAGAGGUAGAGAAGUUUGUCUGCAAUGCUUGCCUCAGUGCAAAGGGCCAUCGUCUUCCUUUUCCCGAUUCGGACUCGCACUCCUCAGAGAGACUCGGCCUCGUACACAGCGAUGUGCUUUCCUUUCCCGAGUCGUCCUUGACUGGCAAGCGUUACCUGGUCACGUUUCUUGACGACUUCUCGCGCAAACUGUGGGCAUACGCGAUCGGACACAAAAGCGAAGUCUUUGGCGUGUUCAAGACAUGGCUUGCCGAGGUCGAACUCGAGACGGGUGCAAAACUGAAGGUCCUCCGAACCGACAAUGGUGGCGAAUACUGUUCGAGAGCGUUCACGGAAUUCUGUAAGGCACGCGGCACACGUCGACAAUACUCUAUCCCUCGAACGCCUCAACAGAACGGUCGUGCCGAACGAGUCAAUCGUUCUAUCGUCGAAGGUGUCCUUGCCCUCCUUGCAGACGCCCACUUACCCAAAUCAUUCUGGGAGGAGGCAGCAGCUUAUUUCGUCUACUGCAAGAACCUGUGCGAACACUCGGCCCUGGACAAGGUAUGA